AUGUCUGAGUCGAAGGACCAAGUCACCGUCCAGGCAUCUGGUGUAGACCAUGAUACUUCUACCCAUUCACUAGCCAAAGAUGCCCAGUUGGGCGCACAGAGUUCGAGUUCCCAGGCGGAAGCCUCCGAGAGCCCUGUGCAACCUGCGGACCUAGUCGAUCAGAAGAAGGGGUUCUUUGGCUACUUCAAGACUAAGGAAUUCUAUAUCACCUUGGUUCUAGGUCAAAUCCUCGCUAUUGCCAAUACCUCGACGGGUACAUUCACAACGCUACUCGGCCAGGAACAAUGGGCAAUCCCUGCGUUCCAAACCUUCCUAAACUAUGUGCUACUCAACGCCAUUUUCACUCCUUAUACGAUGUACCGUUACGGCUUCAAGGGCUGGCUCCGACUGGUAUGGCGUGACGGCUGGAAAUACAUCAUCCUUGCUUUCUGUGACGUGGAAGGCAACUACUUCAUUGUUUUAGCAUACCAAUACACAACCAUGCUAAGCGCGCAACUGAUCAACUUCUGGGCCAUCGUCGUGGUCGUCAUCAUCUCAUUCCUGUUCCUGCGCGUACGCUACCACAUCACCCAAAUUGCAGGUAUCAUAAUCUGCAUCGGCGGCAUGGGCAUCCUCAUUGCCUCGGACCACAUCACCGGCACCAACGGCGGAGACGUAUCCCAAGGCAACCAACUGAAGGGCGACCUGUUCGCGCUGCCAGGCGCAAGCUUCUAUGGUCUCACCAACACGGGAGAAGAGUACUUCGUCAGUACUCGACCCGUGUACGAGGUGCUGGGUCAGAUGUCAUUCUUCGCAAUGAUCAUCAACGGUGUGCAGGCCGGUAUAUUCGACCGGACCUCCUUCGACAAUGCGCACUGGAACGGGAAGGUCGGCGGAUAUCUCACCGGCUACACCCUGUGUUUGAGCUUGUUCUACUGUCUCGCACCGCUGUUGUUCCGUCUUUCGUCGGCGGCUUUCUUCAACGUCUCCAUGCUCACCAUGAACUUCUGGGGUGUGAUCAUUGGCGUCAAGGUCUUCCACUAUUCUAUCCAUUGGAUGUACCCGAUUGCCUUUGUUCUGAUUAUUGUCGGUCAGCUCAUCUACUUCCUCGCUCAGAAGGUCUUGAGCGAAGCCCGCAAGCCCUGGCUGGGGACUAACCAGGAACGUGGUGUUGUUGGUCUUUUCACUGCAAAGAGGAAGAUCGUGCAUACUAUCCCUGCUGCUGCGGAAUAUGAUCAGAACCCUGAGCAUACCCCCGGGCACACUACCACGGUGAACAAUAGCGCUGUCUGA